GGACCCAUUGUUGAUUCGUUGGUGCGCAAGGCAUAUGUGGCUGCAUAUGACAGACGACUACGCCAUCCGGCAUGGACUGCCGAACACCUGACCCGCAGGUCCCUGGUCUCGAAUGGGAAUGAUUCCGGCGACCGCUCAAAAUCGACCUUUGUGGAGGACGAUUCGGUACCUGCACCAUUUCGAGCGCGUUUGCAGGAUUAUUUUAGAAGCGGAUACGACCGUGGACAUAUGGUGCCAGCGGCUGAUGCUAAAUUAUCACAGGAAGCUAUGAAUGAAACUUUCCUUCUUUCUAAUAUCGCACCCCAAGUUGGUGAUGGUUUUAAUCGUCAUUACUGGGCCUAUCUAGAAGAUUGGUGUAGACGUCUCACGGGAAGUUUCCAAGAUGUUUUCGUUUUCACAGUUCCGCUGUACCUCCCGCGACUGGAAGCCGAUGGAAAAUGGCGUGUGACACAUGAAGUAAUUGGCUCUCCACCAAACGUUUCUGUGCCGACGCACUUUGCCAAAGUGGUUCUCGCGUCCAAGCCAACCUCGCCAGCAACCCCAGAUAUCUUAGAACUCUCUUUGGGUGCUUUUGUUCUCCCAAACACUGUCAUCAAAGAUGAAGCACCUCUUGAAGGCUUUGUCAUGCCAGUGGAGGCAGUCGAACGAGCCGCUGGACUAACCUUGUUCUCAGACGACCUCAAAGCAAACUCUAAGCACCUAUGCAAGACUACAAAAUGCGAAGUUAUCAUUCGGAGGUUCGACGAUGCGCGCAAAAAG